AUGAGACGCUGGGUGCUGCCCUGUUGUCUUUGCCUUGCCACGGCAAGGUGGCUGGACUAUGAGGAAUCUGGGGCAACACCUGGCAGUUCCAGUGCUGCAGCACAGAAUACGGAGCUUCUGAACGCCAUGCUGGCUUCGCUCUGCGCUGGGGACACACUCUUCGUCCCGAACAAGACUUUCUGGCUGGCCGGCGGUGUUCUGCUACAAAACGCUCGCAAUGUAACUCUGCAUCUGGACGGGACGCUGGAGUUCCUGCCAGGCCGUGCGGGCUGGCCGGAGCAAGAAGGUGUCAUCUGCAACUUGAAUCCAUUGCAGCCUGCGAGGGCCAAGCGAUGUGUGAAGGAAGCUAUUUUCAUCGCGAACGUCUCGAAGUUGACAUUGACCAGUACCUCCGGUGGGACAUUGAAUGGGCAUGGCAAGUCUUGGUGGGGGUAUCUCCAGUAUUUCUUUCAUGGCGAGAACCGUCCGCGUCUGUUGAGCAUCUACAACGGCACGGACAUCCUCGUCGAGAAGUGGAACUUUUUGGAUUCCGCGUACUGGACCUUUACGGCCCUGGACGUCGCAAGAAUGGAGAUCCGCCAUUGCACCGUCAGCGCCCGUGUGGACAAGUCUGAUGAUCAUGAUCUUGGGAACAUGGAUGCCCUCAACACCGACGGCUUUGAUGUCGCUGGCCGCGACAUUCACAUCCACCACUGCAGCGUUUGGAAUCAAGAUGAUUGUUUCACCGUCCAGCCACGGGACCGGACCGGCAUUAAUGCAGAUUGCACAGAAAAUGUCCUGGUGGAGCAUGUCAAUGCCAGUGGACUGGGUCUCACUAUCGGUGCGGUGCGUCCCACUCCUGGGCACAACUGCGUCCGGAAUGUGACGUUUCGGGAUGCGUACAUGCUACACACAUUCAAAGGAAUCUAUCUGAAGUCGCAGAAUUCCCCAGUUGAGGGAGUUAGCGGUGAGAUUUCAAACGUGCUCUAUGAAGACAUUGUCAUGGAUCGGCCAAGCCAGGUUCCGAUUUGGAUAGGGCCCGCGCAAGAGGCGGACUCCUACAAGGCGUGUUCACUGCUUUGGCCAGAGGUGCCUUUCGCCGACUGUUCACCACCGGGCGCGUCAAUGCUGUGGGCAAAUAUAACUCUACGAAACAUUCGGGUACUGAAUCCGAAGCAGAGUCCUGGCCUCGUCUAUGGCAAUCCGGACCGACCGAUGCAGAACAUUCACUUCGAGAAUGUCGUGACGGUGAAUCCCGGCCUUCGGCCAUGGGGCAGGUCCUACUACAAAUGUGCAUCCUGGCCGUUACAGCUUGCCUGUUCGUGCUCGGUUUUGGCAAGCAGUGGCUCCGAAACACUAUUUGUCAGUGUUGACCCGCAAAGGACUUUUUACCUUCGCUGA